AUGAAAGAUGAAAUUGCUGCCACGGUCUUCUUCAUCACAAGGCUGGUGAAAAGGGAAGACAAGCUGAGUAAGCAUAAAAUGGAGAAAUUUGCAGCUAAGUUGACAACAAUACUGUUUGAAAAGUACAAGAAUCACUGGUACUUGGACAAUCCAUCCAGAGGACAAGCCUUCAGGUGUAUAAGGAUAAACAAACAUCAGACGAGAGAUCCGCUGCUGGAGCAAGCUUGUGUGGAGAGUAAUGUGGACUUCAAUAGUCUUGGUCUGCCGAAAGAGAUGACGCUAUGGGUUGAUCCAUUUGAGGUAUGUUGCAGGUAUGGUGAGAAGAACCGGCCGUUCACAAUUGCCCACUUUGAAGGAGAGGAGAACCCAGAGCUCCCUCAGCAGAUCAGCUAUGCUGUUGACAGAGCAGCUCUAGACUAUCAAUCUGGCACCUCUUCUGAUGAGGAGAGCUUCAACAAGGAACCAAAAGCUAUCCCUACUGUCAGUAACCCUAACAGUGUCUACCAGUUUGGUGACUACUGCAAGCCACCCAUACAGCCCUGGUCUCAGUAUCUUCAUAGGAAGACACACAUGACUGAUGGCUCAUACUAUGCCCAGCACAGGGGUUACAAAGUCUACAGGCCAACAGCUGCUUUCACAGGACCGCGUGUUGAUAGAUACCACUGGAUCAAUACCAAGCGGUAG